UGGCGUUUCCCGCUGAAAAUUCAAGAAGCGGAUUGCAGAGUCCUCCUCGAACGAGAGAAUGUAAACAUGGAGCAACAAGGAAACCCCAACGACAACAGUAACGCCGAUAAAACAACGACUAAAGAAGAUUCCAACACCGGCCAACUCGCCGCUGUGGCCUCCAAGUGGAUUCUGGACUUCCUUUUUUCCGCCAUUUGUCGUCGUUUUAAAGAGAGGAAUCACGAUGCCUUCAAUGGCGCCAUCUCGACUUAUGAAUCAAUAUUUCAGACGCCGUUACUUGAAGGAGGAAGCUCACAAGAGAAAACCUUAAUCUGCGCCUUCCUCGCCCGAGUAAUGCAAGGAAAACAGUUGGGUGCCCGAUUUGAGGACGAGGAUGGCGUGAUGCCACUAAUGUCCGCAGCCAAGACUUGGUUUCACCUCAAAGAUGCCGUGCAGGACGAAAGCUUGUUUGAGAACAUCAGAGUUCACCUAGUCAUACAGUCUGUUGCGGUGUGUUUGGAGAAAGGCCAAAGAACGCAGGCAUGGGGCGCCCUCAAUUGGUUCAAAGAACAUGUUGAUUACCCGCAAAAAGUGGCAGCCAAGCUCUCCAACAUCGUGGCACAGAUGGACAUCUACCACCCUUUCCUCACCGUGUUCAGUUUCAAUCGACUGCUGGAGAUGGUGCAGACCUUCCUUGACGCCUACCUGGUCAAGAAUCCGUCGGACUUCCUUCUCAAGGAAGCCAUCAAGGCGGUCCGGUUGUCCCAGAGUAUCGACGCUACGGACGCCGCGGCAAAAGAGGUCAAGUCCAUCUCGGACCACUCAAGGCUGGAGACAAAGACCAAACCAAAUCCUCAAAUCGACACGGCCCGGAUGCCGCGCGUGUCCCUCCGAUGGCAAUCUGUAAACGAGCUAUUGUCCUCGAAUGUGUCGAGCGCUGCGGACGAGCAAAGUAUGGAAGGUUUGGAGGAUGCCACUCUCUCCCUGGGAGCCGACAGCUCGCAAGAUGACGUCAGACCAGAACGUAAACUUGGCAGCACAAAAAGCGCCCGUGGCUCCAAACGAAGAUUGUUCAACAGUAAUUCGUCACAACUGGAUGCAUCUCCUGUCACCGUGGGCGACCGUCAAGCAAAAACGUCACUCGGGUAUGUCCGCUUGUCCGGCAACGACAAGGCUGACCAAUCAGAGGAGAUCACGCCAAAGACAAAACGCAAUCUUCGGACCCUCCAAAUAAGCGCGUGCGACCUGAACACUCGCAUGCAGCCUCAAGUCUGCAUCAGACCGCUGAGAAAAAAGGAUAUAAACGAUUCUGUUGUCACACAGAAGAGGAUUCCUCGGAAAUGGACAUCUGAGCUGGACAGUAGACUGGUGCAGGGUGUCCGGCAACACGGCAAAGGCAAGUGGUCUCAAAUCCUGCUGGAUUACGACUUUGAGGACCGCACUGGCGUGAUGCUCAAGGACCGCUGGAGGGUUUUGGAGAGGACCCACAAAGUGAACUGAGAAGCAUAAAAAAGGGGGGUCCACUUUUUCUUCUUUAUUGUCUUGGAAUUGUGUUUCGUUUCUGUGCCACUAGAGGGCAUGAUUUGUCCUCCAAAAACAUUGCGGACUCUUGCGCAUUGCAUUCGGAUGUCUUAUACGAUGUGCUGAGUCUGUUCUUGCAGAAGUUGUUUUUCGACCUUUAUUUGUCGGAUUUAAAAAAUCAUCAAUUUAACUCACCAUUGACUCGAUGUGGUAAAAGUAUAAGUACAGAGAGUGCUUAUAUUUGAGUUUUUUAGUCCAUGUUUUUCAUCACAACCAUCCGUCUCUGUUGUCUGUUUAAUGAUCCAGAAGAGCGAAAAUGUGAUUGGAAUGAAUUGACAUUAAAACGUGUGAAGAACAUCAUUUAAACAAACAA